AUGGCACCUACCUGCCAACGGGGCUACCAACCCGAUUACCACCCGUGGCUCGGAGACCAUGAUCGCGAUCUUCAAGUCAAUGCGGACCAUGACUACGAGUUCAAGACGGCUCACGAGGUCGUUCACCACUGUCGACGCAAACACGGUCUCGUUGGUCCCUCGGCCGCCAAGCUGCUCGAGUAUGGAUCCACCGGCUAA